AUGAAGAGCCUGAAGUACCGAUUAAAGAAACACGAAGUUACUAUAACUAACACAGACUGGAAUAAGUAUGAUGACCGGUUGAUGAAAGCAGUGGAGCGUGGUGAGGUGGAAAAAGUUGCUGCAGUGCUGAGCAAGAAGGGGGUUGUCCCCACUAAACUGGAUGUUGAGGGUCGUUCUGCGUUCCACACCGCUGCUAGCAGAGGACACUUGGAGUGCCUGAAUCUGAUUCUGACGCAUGGUGUUGAUGCAACAGCAACCGACGCCACCGGAAAAAAUGCCUUACAUCUGGCAGCAAGGAAUGGGCAGUCACUAUGUGUGCAGAAACUGCUGCAGCAUAAUUGCCCGGUGGGAAAUGUUGACUUGCAGGGAAGGACAGCUUUGCACGAUGCAGUGAUGGCAGGUUGUUCAUCCAGUGUGAAAUUACUCUGUGAUGGUGGAGCCUCUGUCAACGCAACUGAUUUUGAUGGCCGAACUCCGCUGGUGCUGGCCACCCAGAUGUGCCAUCCUCGUAUUUGCCAGCUGCUGCUGGAGCGUGGGGCUGACAUCACAGUCCGUGACAAACAGAGCAAGACUGCUCUGAUCCUGGGAAGUGAGUAUUCAUGUAAAGAUGCUGUGGAGGUUCUGUUGAAGAGCGGAGCUGAUGUCACAGCUGUCGACUCUUUUGGACAUGACAGCUACCACUAUGCACGUAUUAGCAAGAACCAGGAGCUGGUCGCCUUGGUAAAGAGUUACCUGGACAACGCAAUGAAAGUGAAAGAAGCUGCGAGAAUGGAACAGAAGAAGAGACAGCAGUCUGUGGAGAUGAAUGCAGAGGCAGCAACAAACAGGGAUCAAAUCAUACAUGACUUGGAGAGGCAGAAUGAGAGUCAGCAGGAGUCUUUGAGGAAAUUUCAUCAGGAGAAGAGAGCUCUACAAGACCAAGUCAACUUAUUACAGCAGCAACUCAACCAGGAGAAAUCAGCUGCCCAAGACAUUCAGAAGGAGAGAGAAAAGCUGAAACAGCAGCUGUCAGUCAAAGAGAGGGAGGAUGGGGCUCGAGGAAUUGAAACAGUGAAGGUUCAGCUGCGAAGCCACCUGGGAGAUUACUCUGGACAGUCUGUUAUUAAAGGGAAAGAAAACCUUCUUGUCAGACAGUCUCUCAGCUUGGAUUCAGCACAAACCCACCAGCCAUCAUCACCAUCCCUAUCUCGACCUCUGGAAUUUUCCCGGUCUGUGGCAGGGUCUUCCGAUGAGUCGAAUAUAUUACGCGUGGAGCUAGAGAACACUCGGAAACGACAGCAAACAGCAGAGGAGGAAGUGGGCAGACUCCAGGUGGCACUGGCCAGGAAGACUCAAGACUACGAGGAGCUGGCUCAGAGCCACGAUGCCACCAAACGUGAGGCUGACCGGCAAAUCCAAGAGUUAGAGGCAGCCCUUGGAGAUGUUCAGAAGAGGAUGAUGGACUCGGAGGCCAAGGUGAAACAGCUGCAGGCUCACGUGGUGGCCGUGAAGGAACACCUGGGCAACCAGAUGGUGGAUGACCUCAAAGCACAGCUAAACGAUGUUAAGGCCAAAUAUGAGGGGGCUUCGGACGAGGUAGGCCGUUUGAGAAACCACUUGAAACAGAGUGAGAAAGCCUUGGAGGAGUAUAAGAAGAGUGAAGGGCUUCUGGCUGUGGAAGCAGAGAGGCUGACUGCAGAAUUGCAUGCUUUGAAGGAAGAGCAUGAAGAAAUGGCAGAUACCCUUAUAGUCAUGGAAGCUCACACCAAGGAGUUGGAAGCAAGGCUGGCAUCCGUGGUACCAGGAGAGAAAUUUGACAACAUGAAGAACCUUUUAACCAAUGCUGUAGAUGAGAAGGAGAAGCAGCUGGCAGAGCUGAGAGAAGACUAUGACCGGGUUCUUGAAGAGGUGGCAGAGCUCCACAGGGAGAUGGACAAUCAGGAUGGUGUCUCCCUGCAGGAACAUGAGAGAGUGAAGGCCGCUCUUGAGGAACAGAAUACUGCCCUGAAGAAAAAGCUUGCUGAUGUCACCUCCAAGAGCCAGGCACUGAUCCGUGAGGUGCAGGACAGCGAAGAGGAGAAGGAGAUCCUCCAAGAGGAGCUGCAAGACCUGAGCAAGAAGCUUCAAACACAGUUUAUACCCCUUGAGUUCCAUGAGGAGGAGAAGACUUCUCUUCUCCAUACUGUUGAAAAACUUAAGGAGAAACUUGCAGAAGUGACUGAAAGGAGCUCUCAGUUUGAGGAGGAGCUCAUAAAACUGAAGGAAGAAAAGGCCUCGCUGUGUGAGAAUAUGACCAACCUGAAGAGCACUUACAUCCCCAGUGAGAGAUUUGAGAACGAGAUGGCUGCAUUGUUGUCUCGUAACGCAGAACUGGAGAAGGAGCUCAAGAGCCUUCAGCAGAAGUAUGAAGAUAAGGAGAGCGAGCUGGACAAUGUGGUGACUGAGAAUAUGUCACUGAAACAGAGCUUACAGGGAGAGUUUGUAACAAAGGAAGAGCACGAGAACAUGAGAGCUGAAUUGACUGAAGUCUUGGAGAAAGCCAGAGCUGAAAUUGCCAAGAUGGAGGAAGAUGAGAAAGUAAGAGAGGAAGAGUUAAGGAAGGUGAAAGAGGGUAAUGCUACGUUGAAAGAACAGUUUGAGAAAGUGCGGACUAAAUUAGAAAAGGACUACAUCAGCCUGAUGGACCAUGAGAUAAUGAAAAGCAAGUUGACCAAUGCUUUAUCAGAGGCAGAGGGUAGAGCUAAGGAGGCCUUAUCCAAAUAUCAGACCUCUCAAGACAACAUGGUCAAACUCCAUCAGGAGAUUGAAGCACAGAAGAAAGAACUGGACACAAUACAGGAGGCUAUCAACUCCAAGUUUGUCCCAGUCAGUGUCAUGGUGGACAAAGAAAACUCUUUCAACACUGCUUUAAAAGACAUGGUGGAAAAGCUUGAUGAGAUGCAGGAGAAAUACAACCAUGAAAAGAUUGAAGGCGAACAACAGAGAAUGGAGAAAGAGAAGCUGAUGAUGGCCAUGGAGUCUGGCUUUGUGUCCAGUGAGGAGUACAGAGAGAUGGAGACCAGGUACAAGAGUAAGAUGGAGGAGUUAAGUUUGAAGCUGGUGGACCUGGAGCAGCAGUACAAGGAGGUGACCGUGCAGAGAGCAGAGCUGGAGGAACGUAACGCUCUGUGUGAUGGCGAGAUCCAGAGCUUAAAACAGAAGCUCGAGAAUGAGAAUGUGAGGUUGGAGCAGUUCCAAGCCAUGCAGAGUACACUGACUGGAAGUAUCCAGGAAGUGCAGGUGGAAUGUGAGCGACUACGUGAGGCCCACAGGUUGGAGGUCCAACGUGUGAAGGACCUGGAGUCAGAACUACAGAACCAUCUCUCCAGUCCUGCCCUGGUGGGUGAUCACCUCCAGGCUAAGGAAGCACUGGAGAAAGAGGUGGCCCAACUCCAGUUAUCCCUCAGAGAGGAAGAGGAGAGUAGUGCUCAGAGAGCAGAAGAUGUAGCUGCUCUUCAGACAGAGCUCCUACAAGCCACCCAAGCACUGGAAGACCUCCGCAAACAAACGAGUCAAAUGGCUGAGCUCCAAGCUGAGAAACAGAGGUUAGAGGAGGAAGUAAGCGACCUUUGCGAUCGACUGUCAAGUCUGGAGGAGCAGUAUGAGGAGCUGCACAGGGAAGCGGCCCAGGCCAGAGAAGAUGAGAACAGAGCCAGGUCAGAGACGCAGUCUCUGCAGACAAAGAGUACCUCCAUUGAGAGGGAGAUCAGAGAACUGAAGGACAGGUAUGACGACUCGCUCAGUACCAUCGGAGACCUACAGAGGAGGAUCCAGACAUCCUCUGAACAGACUGAGGCCAAAGAUAAGAGGAUCACAGAGCUGUUGGCAGACGUUGAGAGGUUGAAGCAGGCUCUGAAUGGUCUGUCCCAACUGGCCUACGCUGGCAACACGCCCAACAAGAGACAGACGCAACAUAUUGACACACUCCAGGCCCAAGUCAAGAGCCUGCAGCAGCAGCUGGCUGAUGCUGAGAGGCAACACAGAGAGGUGAUUUCAAUUUAUCGAACCCAUCUCCUCAGUGCGGCACAGGGCCACAUGGAUGAAGACGUCCAGGCAGCCCUACUACAGAUCAUUCGCAUGAGACAGGAGUUUGUGUGUUAAACCCCGA